AUGCAAAGAGAGCAUAUUCGUAGAGGCUUUUCCAUAUACGUGUCUUUUCCUCCGGAAACCCCUUCGGCUGCCGUGCUGACACUUCGUGACGUUUCUACUAGCCACCAAAAAGUUGUUCUAGAAGUGGACUUCAGCGGUAGCCUUUGGGGAUACACGGAAAUCACCGUCGUCCCAACGACAAAGGAUCUCAAGACCAUCCAUCUUCACGCUCGUCAAUGUGUCAUCCAUAGCGUGACGGUCGGCUCCCAUUCCGCGGAUUUCGUCCACGUCGAUCCCAUCACGUCUCUCAGCGUCUCGAACGCUCAAGAUAUUCACUGUCACCCCGAGCUCAAGCGGAAGCUUUACUCAGCACUUCAAGAAGGGGACGAGGGAGAGCUGUCCAUCGCCAUCCCUCAAGAGAUAUCUUUGAGGCAGUCUGGGCACAGAACAAUACCUGGGAUUAUCAGCGAAGCUGCCACACCCGAGCCUCAGACCCCCGGCCAUCCAGCCCAAAACGCUGCGUCCCUCCCAGAGUUCACCCCAAUAUUGGUGAACGUCACUUAUAGCAUCAGGAACCCUGCUGACGGCGUGCAGUUUGUGGUCCCGUCAGACUCUUAUCCUACGCGAGUGCCGCACGUCUUCACUACUCCAUCCUCUCCGGACACCGCACGAUGUUGGGUUCCCUGUAUCGACAACCUGUGGGAGAAGUGCACCUGGGAUUUCGAGUUCACGGUUCCUCGUUCCCUGGAGCAGGCUGACACGGUGUCAGACGAUGAAGAGGAAGGGGACGAGAGCGAGUAUCCGACAGUGGUUGUCUGCAGUGGAGAAUUGAUCGAACAGGUGGCACAUCCGUUUAACUCGAGCAAGACCAUCUUCGUCUUUUCGCAACUGAGCCAGACGUCCGUGCAGCACAUCGCUUGGGCAGCUGGUCCUUUCUACAUCCACACAAUCCCUGCCGAUCUCAGUUCCGCCGAAGAUGUGUCUGGCACUAUCCAGCCGAUGAUGCACGCGUUCUGCUUGCCCGGCCACGAAUCGUUCCUGAUGAGUUCAGUCGCCUUCAUGCGGUCCGCGAUGUGCUUCUACGUCAACGAGUUCGGCUCGUAUCCUUUCGGCUCUCACAAGCUUAUCUUCGUGGAGGAAAUGCCCACACAACGAUUCGACGCAGCUACGCUUUCCCUGUGCUCUGUCGACCUCCUCCACGGCGACGACGCCAUCGACCCAGUAUACGAGACCAGACACAGUCUCAGCCAUGGCCUCGCAUCUCAAUGGAUCGGCAUCAACAUCCAACAGAAGAUGUGGUCGGACACAUGGUUGGUAAAUGGCCUUGGUCUCUAUAUCACCGGUCUCUACAUGCGCAAGCUCCUCGGGAUGAACGAGUACAGGUUCCGGCUGAAGAAGGACAUGGAGCGUGUCAUUGAGUUGGAUACCGGUUCAAUGCCCCCAAUUUGCCAGCCUCAGUCGUUAGAUCCUCCGGAUCCGGUCAACACCUCGUUUAUGAACCUCAAGGCUCCUCUUGUCCUCCACAUCCUCGACCGGCGACUUGGCAAAUCCGGGACCUCACUCGGCCUUUCUCGUGUUCUCCCCAAGCUCUUCCUGUCCGCCAUCAGCGGCGAGAUGGCGAACAAUCUCAUCUCUACACAUUCGUUUUUACGGAUGUGCAGGAAAGUCAGCGGCAUUGAUCCUCGCUCCUUCGCAGAGCAGUGGAUUUACGGUAGUGGAUGUCCUACCUUUGGCUUCUCCGCCUCGUUUAAUCGCAAGAAGAUGGCGGUAGAGAUCACCAUGCGCCAGGACGCACCGGCUUACACCACUCUCGACAACAACGAGAUACUCAAGACCAUGCUCAAGCCGGUCAAAUUUUUCGAGGGCCAAAUGACGAUUCGCAUUCAUGAAGCCGAUGGGACACCCUACGAGCACGUUCUGGACAUCCGAAGUCCCUUCAAGCGGUACGAAGUACCAUUCAAUACGAAGUACAAGCGUGUCAGGCGCAACACCAAACGGUACCUCGCUCGUCAGGCUGCAGCACAAGCGGCGGCCGAGGGCGACGCGGACGCGGCUGCAGCCAUGGAUAUGGUAGACAUGGGCUUCGGUCUCGAAAUCUGGGAAAAGGAGAAGGAACGUGAGAAUUGGAAGGUCGCUGACUGGACAGAGGAAGAUGAACAGAAUAUGGCGGGACAAACGUAUGAGUGGAUCCGCAUAGACGCUGAUUUCGAGUGGAUCGCCGCCAUUGCCUUUGACCAGAAGGAUUACAUGUGGGUUUCCCAACUACAACGCGACAGGGAUGUCAGUCCACAGGCGAUCUUGGUGCUCUCCAAAACGCCCAAUCCGAUCAUUUCUAGUACGCUUACGAAGACCGUCCUUGUGUCAAACUACUACUUCCGAAUACGUUGUGAAGCUGCGAAUGCUCUUGUCACGUGCGCCCACCCGAAGCUCGACUGGCUCGGGCUAUUCCAUCUUUUCAAACUGUUCCUGCGGUACUGCUACGAGCCAGAGGGAUCCGAUGCGGAUCUGUUUAACCACACCUAUGUCCCUCGUCCCAACGACUUCUCCGACAUUGCGGAGUAUUUUGUUCGAAAGGCCAUCUUGACUGCAAUAUCGAGAGUGCGCUUCGACAAUGGGAAGACCCCUACAGUCAUCCGACGCUUCCUGACCGAUCAGUUGCGGUUCAAUGAUAACACACUCAAUCCCUACGCUGACGCGUUCUACAUCUGUAGCAUCAUCUCAGCACUGGGAUGCUCUUUGGUCUCCACUCUGUUGCCCGAGCGAGGGGAGUUUAUCUCCAACGACUCUGCUCCUCACCCAAACGAAGAGGACGAUGAUCUGCUGAAGAAAGCUAUUGCAGAGGUAGACAGAUACCGUAGCAUGGACCGCUUGAUUCCUACAUUCCACAAUGUCGUCACUGUCGCAGUGAUCGAGUUCCACAUCCUUCUCAGCCUGGCGAACCUUGUACCUCAUGAUCCUCGACCAUUCUUCCCACUAACUCGUGAGGGCAACUACGUUCAAGUCCGCGUUGUUGCAUUCGACUAUCUCUUCCUCGGCAAGUGGUACGCUCUCAAGAAUAUGCGUUACAUUCUCGCUGUCAUGGCACAUGACUCGUCUCGUGUUGUCCGUCGACAUGUCGCCCGUAGCGCCGUUCAAAGUCUGGCUCUCUUGGUCAGUAUGGGUGAAAUGAAGACGCCGAAGGAGACGGACGCCCUCAUGAUCGAGGAGGACGGUAACGGCGGAGAGAAAGUCAAGGAGAACAAGAAGAGUGAGACCGACCUUCUCAUAAAGGUCUUGCGUAAGGACAGGGAGGUCGGCAAGAAUGAAGUGAUCCGAGAGUUCUUGAUGACUAUCGCUCUCGCCCCUGAUACGGACUGCGAGGUCCGCUGGUGUCUACUCAAGCUGGCUGAUAUCCUCAUUCGUGGUUCUGAGGAACAACCUCCGAAGGUCACCAUCCACCUCCCACCUACGCCAGUCACCGAAGUCGCUCCGCCCCUCCCAGUUGUGAAGCUCGCUACCAAGCUACCACGCCCUGCCAAAGCUCCAAACGUCAACACCAAGAGCCCUAUGUCCUCGUUCACCCUCCCACCAAAGUUGAAGCUCGUCCCGAGCGCUUCCAAGGUGGAUGUAUCCUCCCCCACCGCUUUGGCGCCCUCGAUCAGUCGACGCGGCGGCGAGUUUCCCGUGCCGAAGGUCCCCGCGAAGGUCGAGAAGGCCGAGAAAAGGUCCGAGAAGGUGGCGAAGCCGGUCUCGAAGGCGGUCCCGAAAGCGCAGUCGAGUGGCAUGAGUAUCAAUGACUUGCGUGGAUGCAGAAACGCUCUGAAGAAGCUUCAGACCCACAAGAAGGCGGCAGUGUUCCUCCAGCCCGUUGAUCCCGUCAGGGACAAGGCACCCAACUACUUCGACAUUAUCAAAUCCCCUAUGGACCUGAGCACCAUGAGCGCGAAGCUGGAGCAGGGUAAAUACCACGAUCGCUUCGCGUUCGAGGCCGAUUUCAAGCUCGUCAUCAACAAUGCCAAGACGUACAACAUGGCUGGGAGUUAUGUGCAUAACGAGGCAACAGGAUUGGAGUCGUUCUUCGAUAAGGUGUGGGCCAGGAUCAGCAAGACACUGGAGGUCGCCAAUCACAAGGAAGCAGCUGCACAGGCCCAGGUAUCCGUAGCUCCCCGUGCGACACCCGCAAUUCAAGUUCCAGCUGUCACACAACUCUCCAAGGUCUCUGCUUCAUCUACUCCCGCGGGUGGCUCGCCAAGUGUACCUACCAUCAAGCUGAAGAUCGGCAGUGGUUCUUCCGCUGCAUCGACAGCUCCUAAUGGUUCCGCGGGAAGUUUCAAAGCUACUCCUAAGCCCAAGGCGAAGAAGCCCAAAGAACCCAAGCUGUCUGAAGUUCCUCCACCUGUCCCUGUUGCUGCGCCAGCAUCUCGACGACCCCUAGCGUUCGACGACUUCGACGACGGUUCUGCAGAUCUUCUUGAAGAGGUCAUCGCUAUCGAGGAGCAGCGCAACAAGAAGAAGCCCGCCGCGCCGCCGGCUGCAGAGAAGGGGAAGGAGCGACAGGGUCCGAAGAUUGUCAUUGGGAAGCGGAAGGCGGACAGGACGGAAGACGAGAUCCUUGCGCUCGCUACUCCAGCGAAGAAGGAGCGUGGCAGUGCCGGUCCUUCCACGACUCCCGCGCCAGCUCCCGUCGUCACGCCUGCGCAAAAGCACACCGACGUGUCCGCCACUGCUCGGAAUGGUGUUGCAAAGGUCAAGGAGAAGCCCUCCAAGCCGUCGCCGAAGCCGUUGCCCAAGGUCUCGCCACCUGUCCAGGAGCCUCCCGCAGCCACACCCACACGAGUUGUCGCCAAAGGCAAGGAGAAGGAGGUGUCUCGUCCCGCCACUCCCAUCAAUGGGAAGAUUAAGAAGACAGCCUCUGGAACGACCCCUUUCAACGAGAAGAAAUGCAGAGAAAUCCUUCGCGCUCUGAGCAAGCAGCCGGAAUCUCCGAUCUUUAUGCAACCUGUCGAUCCAGAACGAGACGGGUGUCCAACGCAAGUCUCACAGCUCACUGUUUACUACCAGGAGAUCAAGGAGCCAAUGGACUUCGGCACGAUGAACACGAAGAUCAAUGAGGGCAAGUACGCGACAAUGGAGGAAUUUGCGAGGGACGUCGGGCUCGUGUUCGGCAACUGUCGCCAGUUCAAUCCUCCCAUGACAUAUCCGGUGCAAUGUGUGGAUGCAUUGGAGAAAGUGUGGAAGAAGGAGUGGCCCAAGGCUACGGAGAGGAAGCUCUCGUACCAGGAGAAACGUAGCCUGCAAGGAAUUCUCAAACAAAUCGUCAGCGAGCCUGUAUCAUGGGUCUUCCGCGAGCCUGUCGACCCUGAAGCUUUGGGGAUCCCGACGUAUUUCGAUAUCAUCCCGCGCAAGGAUGCGCGAGAUCUUCGGACCAUCCAGACAAAGCUGAACCAAGACCGGUACGGAUCCGUGGAGGCGGUCGAGGCCGACUUGGACCUUAUGGUCGAGAACGCUAUCACAUUCAACGGCACGGAGUCGGAGGUCGGUGCCAUGGCAGUCCAGAUGCAGAACCGGUGCAGAGAGCUUCUGUCGGGUAUCCGGGGCAACGGGAAUGGAAAGCGGAAAGGAGCGGAGCUAGGCAAGCCUCAACCAGCGAAGAAGGUGAAGCUUGCAUGA